AAUGCCAGAGACAGGGAGUUCUUCCAUCCCCUCGGUCACUCCCUAAAUGCCUCAAAGGGUCUGGGCCAGGCUGAAGCCAGGAGAGCGAACCUCCCUCCUGGUCUCCCAUGGGAGUGGCAGGAACCCUAGCUGGAGCCAUUAUCUUCUGCCGUCUGCAGUGCACCAGCAGGAUGCUGGAUGGGAAGCAGAGCAGAUGGGGCUCCUACUGGCACUGUGAUAUGGGGUGCGGGAGUCUCUAGUGGAUCCCUGGACAGCAGGGUCGGGUCUGUCCCCUCUUGGACACCCCCGGAUGGGAGCUGCCCUCAGGCAGGGGCUGGGCCCAGAACAGAGGAAGGAGACUUGAGGCAACAACCCCAGGCCAAGGAGUCUGAGAAGAGGCCCCGUCCAUGAUGCCACCACUGGGGGAGGAGAGAGAGGAGGAGCUGCAGGAGGGACAGCUGGUUGGGAUAAAAGGAAAGAAUUUUGGAACCUUUUCCACUGUGGUUGGAGCUACAGGUGUGGGAACCACUUCGCACAGCGCUGGCCCAGGCGGAGUGUUGUCACCCGCCCGCCCAGCCGCGGGAAUGCUCAGCCGCAACAACACCCACAUGGAGCUGCUCAGACAGCAGUACAUCCAGGCCAUCGGUGCCCUGAUCCUGAGCAAGCUGGGGCUCUCCAGCCCCCCAAGUGACGAUGAGGUGCCGACUGGUCCGGUGCCCGAGGACAUACUCGCCCUGUACAACAGAACCCGCGAUCAGGUGUCCGGGGAGAGCGCUAAAAAGAAGCCCCAACCCAAGUCAGACUUCUUUGGCAAGGAGAUCACCAGUGUGUCAAUGCUGGACAGCAACCACGGGCACACGGAAUGCGGGGGUCGCGGGGUGGAGCAGCAGAGAGGGGUGCUCUGUGGGAGAGGCUGA